AUUUGACAAGAGACAACUGUCAUUUUCCUGCUUCAAUCGCAAAAAUUUCAACACAUUUUCUGUGUGAAAUAAUUGUAUUCCGCCGCGUUUUCUUCCGGAGUUAGUCGGUGGUACUUGUAAUACAUUCAGCACAAUGGCAAUCCACAUCAAGGACUCCGAUGACCUGAAGACCCGUCUCACCGAGGCCGGAGACAAGCUCGUGGUGAUCGACUUCAUGGCCACCUGGUGUGGACCCUGCAAGAUGAUCGGGCCCAAACUGGAGGAGCUGGCUGCGGAGAUGGCUGACAGUCUGGUCGUGCUCAAGGUUGACGUGGACGAGUGCGAAGACAUCGCGACCGAAUACAACAUCAACGCCAUGCCGACCUUCGUGUUUGUUAAGAACUCCAAAAUGUUGGAGGAAUUCUCCGGAGCCAACAUCGACAAACUCAAAAACACCGUACUCAAGCACAAGUAAAUCUAAGAUGGCGGAUGCGUGAUAGAUGGCGCCAUAGGGCAGAGUAGACAGAACUAAGGAGUACCUCGACAUCAAACAAACGGGCGAAU